AUGCCUCCCGCGCAGUCCAUCCUGACCAAAUUGAAGGUUCAGCUCAAGCUCGCAAUCGCGAGACUGCGCAUGGUCCAGCAGCGCGACGAACAACUGGGCAAGUCUCAACAGCGGGCAAUGGCCCAACUUCUCGAAGCUGGCAAGAUCGACUCCGCCACCAUCCGCGUCGAGAACAUCAUACGUUCUGAUAUCACGACCGAGCUCCUCGAGAUGCUGGAGCUCUACUGCGAGCUGUUGCUCGCUCGUGCGGGACUCAUGGAAAGUUCUGUCUGCGAUCCCGGUCUGGAGGAGGCCAUCAAGAGCAUCAUCUACGCUGCGCCAAAGACGGAAAUCAAGGAACUCGUGUCGGUUAGACAGCUUCUGGGGGAAAAGUACGGCAAGGAAUUUGUGCUCACGGCCAUGGACAACUCAGAUGGCAAGGUCAAUGAGAGGGUUGUCAAGAAGCUGAGCGUCGAGCCGCCAAGGCCGGAACUCGUGCAGGGCUACUUGGAGGAGAUUGCGAGAGCGUAUGGUGUCGAUUGGCCGAGGAGGGAAAAGGUCACGCCCCCGCCGGAGCUUGUCGACGAUGAUGAUGAUGAUGAUGAUGAUGACGAUGAGGGGGGCGAUCACGACGAUAGCCAGUCGGGCGGGCAGAAGAUAUUGGCAGAGCCCCUGACGGCCGGGAGAAAGCUUUCCAGGGGCGAGGAGGAGUUGAACAAGGCCACCCCGCCGCAGGGGUUUGCUGGUCCCAGGAGUCCGGUGACGGUUACGCCGCCGAGGAGAACGACGGAAAACGUCCAUCCCAAGGUGACGCUGGGGUCGGUUGAGCUGAAGCCGAAUAAGAGGAUGGAGGCUGCGGCUAGUAGGAAGGAGCCCGAGGGGGCGGUGCCCGACAUAAGUGACUUGGAGAGGAGGUUUGCAGCAUUGAAGAAGAGGUGA